GCCAGAGCCAUUCUCGCCUGCGUUGUUCGUUAGCGUGCAUCGCUCGUUUCGUUCGUUACACAUCUUCUAUCAAUCAACAUGACCGGUCGCGGUAAAGGAGGAAAGGGUCUGGGAAAAGGAGGAGCCAAGCGUCACAGGAAGGUACUUCGUGAUAACAUCCAGGGUAUCACGAAGCCCGCCAUCCGUCGUCUCGCUCGCAGAGGUGGAGUGAAGCGUAUCUCCGGUUUGAUCUACGAAGAGACCAGAGGCGUGCUGAAAGUGUUCCUCGAGAACGUGAUCCGUGACGCCGUCACCUACACCGAGCACGCCAAGAGGAAGACCGUCACCGCCAUGGACGUUGUAUACGCCCUGAAGCGUCAAGGCCGCACCCUGUACGGUUUCGGCGGUUAAGCAGCACAGCGCUCCUCCGGACGCCGGCGGCGGCGAGCGCCGCCACCUCGCGGACUAUCGCGGGUGGCGGCGGCCCACUCGUCGCGUGCGUGCGUUCGCGCGCUACGCAUACAAAAAAAGGCCCUUUUCAGGGCCGCAUAUGAUUCGAAACUGAUGUAAACGUUUCUCGAUAACAGAAUAGUCAAAAACAAAAACGUACACACCUACCUACCUACCUACCUACCUAUCUUUCCAUCCAAUAAUCCACCCAAUCACCUAUACUUACCUACCCUAUAA